AUGGAGACAAGGAUGAAUAAGAAGCAUAAGAUGCUCUUUGCCGGUGGGAAGCAAACCAUCACUGCCGAUGCCGGCUCAGUCUCCCAAUCGGGCCCUUGGGAUGGGUUGAGCCUUGAAUUAUUGGCUCUUAUAUUUGCGUGUAUCGCCUCGGACGAAUUGGUCCAGUCUGUUCCCCUCGUCUAUAAGUCGUGGCGUAAUGCCGUUACUAGACUCUAUUGCUGGACCGUCAUCGAUGUCGAAAGAUGGUGUCGGCGCUGCAAGCACUCUGAUCGCAUCGACUCUGUUGUUCGCAAGCUUGUUGAUCGCAGCAGAGGAAUGGUUAAUCGCUUCUCUGGUUACAAGCUCGGUGAAGCUGGAUUCUCCUCCAUCGCCAACUGUGGGAGAUUCUUAAAGGAACUUCGAAUUCCAAUGAGUGAUGUAACUGACAAAAUUGUGGUGAGGUAUGCGGAGUCUCUCACGAUGCUGACAGUUUUGGACAUCAGCUACUGUUUGAAGAUAACAUGCAAAGGGCUUGAAGCCUUGGGGAAGCAUUGCAAGUCCUUGGUUCAGUUAAUGCGAAAUAUGCCACCAUCAGAAUGGAUGGAAACUGCAGAAAGAACGGUGGUGCCUAAGACAGACAACGGUGAGGCCAUGGUCAUAGCUGAUACAAUGCAAGGACUUAGCCAACUUGAGCUUGGAUAUGGCUGUCUUGGUGAUCCUGGUCUUGAUGCUAUCCUUACCAACUGUAGAGCCCUCACUCACCUUGAUAUUCAUGGGUGCUAGGGUGUGACCUUUCAGGGAGGUCUUGUGGAAAAAUGUCUUCGAAUAGAUGUCUUAAAGACUCCUGGGAUA